AUGGCUUUGAGAUCCCCAUUUCGCUUGUCUUCAAUCUCUCAAAACCCAUCUCUGAAAGAUUUAUUGUCUUUGACCAUUUUGAUCGAUUGCUUGUGUAAGAUUGAUAGGGUUUUUGAUGGUUUUGCUGUUCUGGGGGAGAUUUUUAAGAAGGGUUUCGGCCCAGAUGCUGUGACUUUUAAUUGUUUGAUCAAAGGUCUGUGUGUAGAGAGAAAGAUUGUGGAGUCGAUGGAAUUGUUUAAGAAAAUGGUUGCUGUUGGUUGUGGGCCUAAUAUGAUGAGUUACAACACUUUGAUUGAUAGAUUGUGUAAAACGGGGAAGAUAAGUGUUGCCAUUAAGUUGCUUGAAGAGAUGGUAGAUGGGAAUAAAAAAUCUGGUGUUAUUUGUAGGCCAAAUGUUGUUACUUAUAAUACUAUAAUUGAUGGUCUUUGUAAGGCUGGAUUAGUUGAGAAGGCAAGAGAAUUGUUUUUGCAAAUUUUGCAAAUGAAGGGUUCUGGAAUUAGUCCAAACACAGUCACUUAUAACACUCUAAUUCAUGGUUUUUGUUGUGUGGGUGAUUGGAAGAAGGGUAGAAGUUUAUUUAUUGAAAUGAUAGAUCAAGGGAAGAUAAGUCCUGCCAUUACGUUGCUUGAAGAAUUGGCUAAGGGAAAUGAAGAAUCUGGUGUUAUUUGUAGCCCAAAUGUUGUUACUUAUAAUUCUAUAAUUGAUGGUCUUUGGAAGGUUGGAUUAGUUAAGAAGGCGAUAGACUUGUAUUUCGAAAUGAAAAGUUCAGGAACUUCUCCAAACGUGGUCUCUUAUAGCAUUUUGAUCAAUAUGCUUUGUAAAAAUGGACAACUAGAAAAGGCAAAUGAGUUGUUGUCACAUAUGGAGGAAAAAGGUUGUGCUCCAAAUCCUCAGCCAGCUGCAGAAAGACUCUAUGAUUGUCACCGUACGAAGAAUGCAGUUGACAUGAGAACAUUGCUGUCAAAAGAAAUAUGUUUUGCCGUGAUACAUGCAGUUAUUUUAACGAUGAUCCAUGAAGAUUUGGUUGAUAUGGGAUUUCAAACUGUCAGUGGAAUCUAUGAAGCAGCAUGGUCUAAAAGUGGACUUGGUCACUCUGAUCAAACUCCAGAAGCUUGGACUUCCAGUGAUGGUUUAAGAGUACUAUGGUACAUGUGUCUGACGGCCAUAUGGGCAAUGCAAUGGGCUCUAAGAAGGUUGAAACCUUCAAAAAAUGAGAUGAAACCAGAAGUGAAUGAAGAAUCUCUGUAUAGAUAUCAUGUUGGGUUCUGUAAAGUUGCUUGCCUUCUAAAGGUACCAGAUGAUAAAGCGCAUAAAGGUCUUUAA